CCGAACUCCGCAACUGACCUGCAACAUCUUUCCCAUUAAAAAUGCUGACAGACAGAGAAGAGCGAGACCUGCACGCCAAGGAGCAGUUCAUCAUGUCUCACGCGGCGCUCUGCACGCUCCCGCUCGCGCUUUCAGCGGGAGACUCUUCCGCCACCUCACCGGAGACUGAGCACUCGAGACCGGACUCUCACGGCGAAGAGUUUAACUGCAGGGACAGAAACACUUGCUGCUCCCCUGACAAACCGCUGUUAAACAGGUGUAUGACUCUGCCCGGGACUCUGAUAGACGGCCGAGGAAAAAACGACCCGGUUACGAGAGAGUUGUCAGCUCUUGGGGAAGGUGAGGGAUCCAGACACGAGUUCGAGCAUCAUCAACAUCAUCAUCACGGACACCGGUUCUUCGACAGCGAUGACGAGCUGGACUUCCACGCGCACCAUCACUGGCAUCCACACGACAGCAGCUCACACUAUUCGUUUGAAGCCAUGCAGCGCAGACACACCACAUUAAGGGACAAAAUCCGCCGACAGGCCGUCCGUGGCCCGGCGUACAUGUUCAGCGAGAGAGGCACCAGUCUGACUGAAGAGGAGGAACGUUUCCUUGACGCCGCCGAGUACGGAAACAUCCCUUCAGUCCGAAAGAUGCUCGAGGAGUCCAAGACGCUGAACGUAAACUGUGUGGACUACAUGGGCCAGAAUGCAUUGCAACUGGCAGUGGGGAACGAGCACCUGGAGGUCACAGAACUGUUGCUGAAGAAAGAAGGCUUGGCGAGGGUUGGAGAUGCCCUGCUGUUAGCUAUUAGCAAAGGUUACGUGCGGAUAGUGGAGGCCAUCUUGGCUCAUCCUGCAUUCGAAGGUGGUCUUCGCUUGACUCUGAGUCCCCUUGAGCAAGAGCUGCGGGAUGAUGAUUUUUACGCGUAUGAUGAAGACGGGACUCGCUUUUCUCAGGACAUCACACCUAUGAUUCUGGCAGCCCAUUGCAAGGAGUACGAGAUCGUGCAUAUCCUUUUGCUCAAAGGGGCUCGUAUUGAGAAACCCCACGACUAUUUCUGCAAGUGUGGGGAGUGCGCGGAGAAACAAAAGCAGGAUUCUUUCAGCCACUCGCGAUCAAGGAUGAACGCUUAUAAGGGCCUGGCAAGUGCUGCCUAUCUGUCUCUGUCUAGUGAAGACCCUGUGCUCACUGCCCUGGAGCUCAGCAAUGAGCUGGCACAACUCGCCAACAUCGAGACUGAGUUUAAGAAUGACUAUAGGAAGCUCUCCAUGCAGUGUAAGGACUUUGUGGUUGGGGUUCUGGAUCUGUGCAGGAAUACAGAGGAAGUCGAGGCCAUUCUGAAUGGAGAUGUGGAUCAGAAUCAUCCAAGUGAACACCAUCGGCCCUGCCUUAGCCGGGUUAAACUGGCCAUUAAGUAUGAAGUCAAAAAGUUUGUAGCUCAUCCUAACUGCCAGCAGCGGUUGCUGACGCUGUGGUACGAGAAUCUUUCAGGCCUUAGGCAACAGUCAAUUGGUGUGAAAUGUUGGACAGUGCUGGGAGUGAUGGUGGGAUUGCCAUUUCUUGCCAUUGCAUAUUGGAUUAUGCCCUUCAGCAAGGUGGGCCAGGUUCUCCGCAGUCCCUUCAUGAAGUUUGUAGCUCACGCCGUCUCAUUUACCCUUUUCUUGUGUCUUCUGGUUCUCAACGCCUCCGACCGCUUCGCAGGAGUCAAAACCCUUCCUAAUGAAACCAUUACUGAUCAUCCUCGGCAAAUCUUUCGCAUCAAAACAACUCAGUUCAGCUGGACAGAGAUGCUGAUAAUGAAAUGGGUUCUAGGAAUGAUCUGGACCGAGUGUAAGGAGGUCUGGGCGGACGGGCCACGCGAGUACAUCAUGCACCUGUGGAACGUGUUAGAUUUCGGCAUGCUGUCAGUAUUUGUGGCCUCGUUCACCGCACGGCUCAUGGCCUUCCUGCAAGCGUCCCAAGCACAGCUCUAUGUGGAUUUAUAUGUGACUAAUGCCGACUUGAUCAAUGCAUCAUUACCAGCAGAUGUGGCCUACUUCACUUACGCCAGGAACAGGUGGCUGCCCUCCGAUCCUCAGCUUAUCUCUGAAGGCUUGUACUCCAUCGCUGUGGUUCUCAGUUUCUCUCGAAUCGCCUACGUUCUGCCGGCUAAUGAGAGUUUCGGACCCUUACAAAUAUCCCUGGGCCGGACUGUUAAGGAUAUUUUUAAAUUCAUGGUCAUUUUCAUCAUGGUCUUUCUUGCCUUCAUGAUCGGCAUGUUUAAUUUAUAUUCAUACUAUUUGGGAGCUAAAUACAACCCUGCUUUUACCACGGUAGAAGAAAGCUUUAAAACACUGUUCUGGUCGAUCUUUGGUUUAUCUGAGGUGAUUUCAGUGGUCUUGAAGUACGAUCAUAAGUUUAUUGAGAACAUUGGUUAUAUUCUCUACGGGGUCUAUAACGUCACAAUGGUGGUAGUCCUUCUUAACAUGCUCAUAGCCAUGAUUAACCACUCAUACCAGGAAAUUGAGGAGGAUGCUGAUGUGGAAUGGAAGUUUGCUCGUGCAAAGCUCUGGCUCUCGUAUUUUGAUGAAGGCAGCACUCUUCCAGCCCCCUUUAAUCUAAUACCCAGCCCCAAAUCCUUCUAUUACAUGGCUCAGCGCACCAAAGCAUGCCUAGUGAGUUUAUGCAAGGCCAGGGUCCGCAGUAACAGCAGCCAGCAGGACAUGGGAAUGGCCAAUUCUCGCUCUAAGCUUUAUCGAUUUCGACCUUACCAUUCGCAAGAGGGAUUCACGGUUAGAAAUCCCAUCAAACACCCUACACGAUAUCAGAAACUCAUGAAGCGACUCAUCAAGCGCUAUGUCCUGAAAGCCCAAAUUGACAGUGAAAGUAAUGAGAUCAACGAAGGUGAGUUGAAGGAAAUCAAGCAGGACAUUUCCAGCCUGCGUUAUGAGCUCCUGGAGGAAAAAUCCCAGGCCACAGAAGAGCUGGCUGAACUGAUCCAGGAGCUUGGAGACAAACUCAGCAAGGGAAACAAGAGACCGUGACAAAUGAACUGGUGUGAAAGUAGCUGAAAGUGUCCUAGAGCUUAUUAAAUUCAGAAAUAUUUAGUUUAGAUACAAACUUUAAAGUCUUUUUAUACUCUCAAGACACCAGUUUGUGAAAUAGGUAUGAUUUGUUGUUGCCAUUUGGGUGUAAGGUGCAAUUUAAUAAAGUAAUUAUAGAGCAAACUCAGGAAAAAUGCAACGUUAUAUAAUAAUACCAAUAAAUUCAGAAGACUGUUUCCUCAGAACGUAUAUUAUUAAGACAAAAACAGCAGAACUAAGUGUGUUAGUAUUAAAUAUUAUGAUAGUUCUGGAGUCCCAGCACUGCACAUUAGGGUUUAGAAGGUUGGACUAAUGAGAUUAUGUUUUAAAUAAAUGUCUGUUGGAUAACAAUCUAAAAUGUGCAAGGGGAGCUCAAAGACCUGCAAAAAUGCAAUAACAUUUUUAUGUUUUCUAUCUUUAAAUUAUUUAUGAAGAGUACAACAUUGCAAUGUACAAAUACGAACA